AUGUUAAAUGCGAACCGUGAAGAAGCCGCUGGUGAUGAAAAUCCAGCGAAUGCUGCUGUUGCUACUGCGCCGGUUGCGAUGCAAUCGUCGUUUACAAUCGAUCCGUUUGACCGUCAUCGUAUGACGUGGUCACGAUGGGUUGAACGUUUGGAAGGUGCUUUCGUUUUGUUUGGCGUCCAUCAAGAAACCAAACUCUACAUGCUGCUGCACUUCAUGGGAGGUGAAACAUACGACGUUGUGUGUGACAAACUUGCUCCUGAGAAACCACAGAGGAAAACGUAUGCUGAAAUAGUACGUGUUCUUGAGGCUCAUUUUAAUCCGGAACCGUUGGAGAUUUUAGAAAAUUUUCGCUUCAAGAGUCGUAAGCAAGGAGAGGACCGUCCGGAGGAAACAAUAGACGAAUACUUGAUAGCAUUGCGGAAAUUGGCUAUCACCUGCAAUUUCGGAGAGUACCUGAAUACUGCUCUGCGUAACCAACUUGUUUUCGGAUUGAAGGACAGAACUAUACAGUCCAGAUUGCUAGAAGUACAAAACCUUACUUUGGAGCGGGCGCGGGAAAUUGCCGUGUCGAUGGAACUUUCGUCAAAAGGGGGCCGAGAGAUUCAAUCGAGACAAGGAAAACCAGAAAUCAACCUGGUAGAACAAAAAAAGUUUAAUGCUGCGAAAAGCUGUAAUUCGAACGAUAUCGUCACACUGGAAGAAAUUUGCAAGUUAGAGGAAACCAGUAGAACAACUGUCUCUAAAUUUCACUUAGACAUGAAGGUGAAUAAUGUUACUGUUCGUUUCGAAGUGGAUACCGGUGCUCCAGUUACGAUUAUCAGUACGGAAGAUAAGAAAAAAAUCUUUCCUGAAGCGAAUCUGUUGCCGUCUGAUCUUGAGUUGGUGAGCUAUUGUAAUAGUCGUAUCAACGUUAAAGGGAUGAAAAUUGAUCUUAACGAUGUAGCGUUCGUUUGUGUUCAUACAUUGGACAGUACUUCUGCUAAUACCCUAACGAAAAUUACUCCAGUUAAUAUUAGAUUAUUGGUGGAAAAGUAUGCUAACAUUUAUGACAAAUCUAUUGGAAAAAUUGAAGGUUUGCAAGCAAAAUUGAGUUUGAAACCAAAUGCAAGGCCAGUGUACAUAGAAGCGCGUCAAGUUCCAUUUUCUUUGAGAGAUGCUGUUGAGAAGGAACUCGACAUACUUGUCCAGAACGGGGUGUUGGAGAAAGUGAACCACAGUAGAUGGGCUACACCGAUUGUCCCAAUUUUGAAGUCCAACAAUAGAGUAAGAUUAUGCGGUGAUUAUAAAGUAACGGUGAAUCCUAACCUGGAAAUUGACGACCAUCCAGUACCGACGAUAGAAGAACUUUUCGCUAACGUUGCAGGAGGAGAAAAGUUCACCAAAAUCGAUUUAACUCAAGCCUAUCUACAAUUAGAGGUUGAGGAGGGUGAUCGUGAAGUACUAACACUAAGUACGCACAAAGGUUUGUACCGACCAACACGUUUGAUGUAUGGUAUUGCAUCUGCGCCUGCUAUUUGGCAGAGAUUAAUGGAGCAAGUGUUGAACGGGAUUCCGGGAGUUACAGUUUUCUUGGAUGAUAUUCGUGUCACGGGACCAAAUGAUUUAAUUCAUCUGCAACGACUAGAAGAUGUACUAAAACGGCUAAGUUCAUACAAUAUGCGAAUUAAUUUGGAGAAAUGUCAGUUUUUCGAAAACGCGAUCGAAUACUGUGGAUAUUUGAUUGACAAAGUUGGCAUUCACAAAGUCCCGGGAAAAAUCGACGCUGUUCAAAACAUGCCUAUACCGAAAAACAAAGAUCAAGUUCGUUCUUUCGUAGGUUUAGUGAAUUACUACGGAAGGUUUUUCCCGAACCUGAGUACAACGUUGUAUCCGCUUAACAAUCUCCUGAAAAAUACUGUUCCUUUCGUAUGGUCGAAGGAAUGCGAUGAGGCAUUUAACAAAAUUAAGUGUGAAAUGCAGUCGGAGAAGAUUUUAGCACACUACGAUUCUACAUUACCACUAGUACUUGCUACGGAUGCAUCACCAUAUGGAGUCGGUGCAGUGCUUAGUCAUGUAUUUUCAGAUGGUUCAGAGCGACCAAUCCAAUACGCUUCCCAAACACUUAACGCUACGCAACAAGCAUAUAAACAAAUUGACCGAGAAGCCUAUGCAAUAAUCUUCGGAGUUCGCAAAUUUUACCAAUACCUCUACGGCAAGAAGUUCACUCUUGUCACGGACAAUGAACCGCUAAAGCAAAUAUUUUCUGAUACCAAAGGACUCCCGAAGAUGUCCGCCCUUAUAAUGCAGCACUAUGCAACAUUUUUACAAUCUUUCAAUUUCAAGAUCCAAUUUCGUCCUACAAACCAGCACGCAAACGCUGACGCAUUUUCAAGAUUGCCUUUGAAGAAUAGUACGCCCGAUGCAACUGUUGAGGAAACAGACUAUGUGGAGGUAAAUAUCAUAGAAACACUGCCGUUAACUGUUGCUGAACUUGCGAAAGCUACUGCAAUGGAUACUACUGUUAAGACACUAGUGCAAGGGUUGCAGAAUGGUAAAUCCGUGGAGCCUAAAGAUCGUUUUGGUGUUGACCAAGUGGAGUUUACUCUGCAGAAAGGUUGUGUCAUGCGGGGAAUCAGAGUAUACGUUCCUCCGAGCUUGCGAGACAAAGUGUUGAAUGAACUACAUUCAACUCAUUUUGGAAUUACUAGAUUGAAGACUCUUGCUCGUGGUUACGUUUGGUGGGAAAGAAUAGAUAAAAACAUUGAGGACGUGGUGCGAAAUUGUAGUUUGUGUCAGUCAACUCGAGCUGAGCCGUCCAAAGUACCAACGCAUUGUUGGGAGACACCUGCGAAGCCGUUUGAACGAGUACACGUUGACUUUGCUGGACCGUUUAUGAAUGUUUACUUUAUCGUGUUCGUUGAUGCCUACACAAAGUGGCCAGAAGUGCGAAUCCUGAAUAACAUAACAACUAACACAACGAUCCAGCACAACCAGUGUGACUGCAAAGACAAAAAGGAAUCACUCGAGUAUUUCGGAGAGCGCAAACAUCAUCACAAUCCAACCGACACGAUGCGGAGGCAUCCGAUCCGAACGCUACUGUCAUUCAUGUCUCCAACUGCAGCGCAGUGA